CAUGGACCAGCUGGCUAUUUACUAAUCGAUGACUGUACCUACUUAAUCGUGGGAUUUUGUAUUGGCUUUAUUUACUGUCUCGCCAAAUAAAACCACGUAUAAUUAAUUGCAGCCAUUCAGUAUCAACAGAGUUGGAUGCGCGAGAGUUUGGUGAAGUGUGGCAACCUGAUAUCAUAACUGUAGCACGCUUUUGCUGGGACUGGGAGUGUGUUUUAGUCGACUGUUUUUUUUUUUUUUAUAUCAAGUCAAGUUUAAUCUUCAUCAUGCCUAAAGGAGGCAAAAAAGGUGGCCAUAAAGGUCGCAUGAGAACUUACACAAGUCCUGAAGAAAUAGAUGCACAAAUGAAAGCAGAAAAAGAACGGAAAAAGAAGGAAGAAGAAGAAGGUGCAGCAGUGAACGACAACCAGAGCGAGGACAAACUGACAGCGUCAGGUUCAGAGGACAGUGACGAUGAGGGGUCUGAGAAAAGGAAGGGUAUUGAGGGCUUGAUAGAGAUUGAAAAUCCCAAUCGAAUCGCCCAAAAAGCAAAGAAAGUCACAGACAUAGAACUCGAGGGUCCCAGACAGCUUUCCAGAAGAGAAAGAGAAGAGAUUGAAAAACAAAAAGCCAAGGAGAGGUAUAUGAAAAUGCAUUUAGCAGGAAAGACGGAUCAAGCUAAAGCUGACCUCGCUCGUCUCGCCAUUAUUAGAAAGCAACGUGAGGAGGCCGCACGGAAAAAAGAAGAAGAACGUAAAACAAAAGAAGCAGUGCAGGAGGCAGCAGCAGCGGCUAAAGGACUACAUACAUUGUCUCUCAAAUAAUCCAAAUAGUGGAUCCUUAGAGGUUUUGAUGCAUUUGUGGACAGUAUAUGAUGAUAUUGACAAUGUUAUUUUUGAAGACAAAGCAAAAGAUAAUGUGGUAUGCUAUAACACAAUGUUCCAUUGAACAGGAAUAUUUCAGAGUAUAUUAACCCAGAAAGCAGGAAUUUAAUUGUCCAAAUAAAAUGCCUUUGUGAGAGCCCUGAUGCUUCACUAAAGUGGCUAAAUCUUAAUGCUUGCGUUCAGUCUGUGAUAUUAGGAAUAUAGAGAUAUUUAUUAAUAUAUUAACAUAUUGCCACAUGUAACUGAGUCAACUUUGCGGUCUCAGUUUAACGGAUUAUUGUAAGGAUAAAAACGUAAUAUGUCCUCAGUUGUAAAGGACCUGGUGUCAUUUAGAAUGAUGUUCUGAUGGUAUUCUCUUCUUCAAAUAAUGUAAAGUAUCACAUACACCAAUAAAAUGUCAGAACGUUUUUUUGAAACUUUA